AUGAGUGAACUUGAAAUUUAUUUACGAGGAAAAAGCUUAUGCCUUAAUAACAAUAACUUCAUAAUUUUUCGCAAUCAAGAUGUUGAUGGUCUUAGUUUUGUUAAACUAACUUAUGAACAGCUUGUUAAUUUUCCUCUUAAUAUUUCUGCCAGAAAGGCUACAAGAUUUGCAACAGCACUAUUUAACGAAGUUUUUGAAUUUGAUAUUUAG